CUUCGACAUCAGCUUCCACAGUGACAAUCACCAGCACAAUCAGCACACCUGCAGCAACCACAACAGAAAUUUCUACAAGUACAACUACAUCAAAUCCAACAACUACACCAAAUCCAACAUCCACAGAAGCCCAGACAACUUCCAUGUCGGCUUCCACGGUGAUAAGCAGUAGCCCAACCAGUACAGCUGCAGCAACCAGAACUGAAACAUCUGGAAGUACCACUUUUUUACCUCUACCAACUGCAGUGAUAAGUAGCACACUAGCAGCAUCCACAACAGAAACAUCGACAAGUAUCACUUCAAAUCCAACAACAGAAGCAGAGGCAACUUCGACAUCGGCUUCCACAGUGCCAAGCAAUAGCGCAACAAGCAUACCUGCAGCCACAGCAGAAACGUCUGGAAGUACCACUUCGUUAGCUCCAACAUCUGUAGAGGCCCAGACAUCUUCCACAUUGGCUUCCACAGUGAUAACCAGUAGCCCAACUAGUACACCUGCAGCAACCACAACAGAAACUUCUGCAAGUACAGCUACAUCAAAUCGAACAUCCACAGAAGCCCAGACAACUUCCACGGUGAUAAGUAGUAGCCCAACCAGCACACCUGCAGCAACCAGAAAAGAAUCUUCUGCAAGUACCAUGUCUUCAAUUCCAAAAACCAUUGAAGCCCAGAAGUUGUCAAUAUCAGCUUCCAUAGCGACAAGCAGUAGCCACACCAGCACAAUUGCAGCAGUCACCACAAAUAUUUCUGCAAGUCCAAAAACCUCCAAAUUUUCCACAUCAGCUUCCACACAGAGAAGCAAUUGCUCAGUCGGCACUACUGCAGCAGCCAUAUCAGAAACUUCUACCACUUCUUCAACUCCAUCAAGCACAGGAACUCUGACAUCUUCCACAUCAGGUUCCACAGUGACACCCCGUAGUAUUACUAGCACAACUGCAACAGCCACUACAGAAAUUUCUGCAAGUACCAUGUUAUCAGUUCUAAAAACCACCGAAGCCCAGAAGUCUUCGACAUCAGUUUCCACAAUGACAAGCAGUAGGUCAACUAAUUCAACUUCUGCAGCCUCAACAACAAAAUUGCUUGCAAGUACCACUUCCUCUCCAACAACUGCUAAAGUUAUUACAUCUUCAACAUCACCUACCACAGCAACCAGCACAACUUCUAGAGCCCUAACAACACAAACGUCUGCAAUUACUAUUUUUGCAUUCCCAAAAACUAUGGGCAUCACAAGAAUCGUAACUACUUCUUCAACCACUUCAUCAACGACGGUGUCAAAGACUAGGAUGGGAUCAGUAGUAAUCAACAUCCGAAUCAUUUUCCAAAAGAGCCACCUUAAUGAAACCAUGAUAGUUAAUGUGAUCAACAAUUACCUACAUUCACAAACCAAAGGUCUGAGUCAACCUAAGAUCUUGCAGACUGCAACUUAUCAAAAAUUGCCGAGUGGAGCCUUUGCCAUCGAGUUGGCUUAUCUAAUGAACAAUGUGACCAUGUCAGAAAAUACUCAGAACAGGAAUGACACGUAUAAGUUGAUCCAGGACUCCAUCAACAAACUGGAGUGAGACAAAUGAGAUAAUAGCUAAAGUAGACUACAUUUAUAAAGAAGGAGAUAUCAGUGAUGCAAGUGACUUCCUUAAAGCAAUCAUGGAAGCCGCUGGUCUGUUGAGUACCACCACAACUGUACCGCUCACCACUGGUGGGGCUAACAUCACCCAUGUGGGAGGUGGCUUUCCUGGCUGGGCUUUGGCCAUUAUCAUCCCAUGUGGAAUCCUCCUCCUGCUCAUCCCCUGCUGGAUUCUCCUUUGUUGCCUGCUGUGUGGCUGCUGUGCAGCCAUUAAGAGGCGCUGCGGCAGAAGGCAGUCCUACAACAUUCCGUACAGGAUACACAACAACCUCUUUUAAUGAGGCAGUAACAGUAAAUACAAAUAUAAGCCUACAACUGUAACCAGUCAUGGAAACGGAACCUGUGCAGCCUCUGCAGCUUCAUCCUGCAGUCAGAGUUCAUCUAAACUCCAUCAUCCUCUUUCCUUCAUGGUUCAGAAUUAUAGAGCAUUCUGGUAAUAGGGGUCUGCAAGGAAUAACAACAUUCACUUUAUAUAUUAGCCUGAAAUGGAAUUACACAACUUGUUUCCAGGAAAAGUUUUCAGAUUUGUCAUUUAAACACAAAGUAAUAAUGGGUUCCUUUCACUCUUUCUUUAUGAUGAAAUCAUCUGUUUUAAAAGUAUAUUGAAAAAUUGUAACUGCAUUGCAUUCAUUAUUAUUAUUAUUAUUUAUUAUUGUAAAAAUUAUUGCUGCAUUGAAAACAUGUAACUGUAACAGUAAGAUCAUAUUUAAUUUUAUUGUUGUUGAUAAUGCCAUUUGCAUUAGAAUUUUUAUCUUUCUAUGAUUUUUGUUUUAUUUUUAAUUAUUUGUGUUUAUUUGUGUUUGAAUCAUUCCAAACGCCAUAAUAAUAUUAAUCUUGUAGGAAAACAUGUUAAUUUGAGUUUGUGAAAUAAAAACAGAAUAGUGAAUUGAGAUGAUGAAUUUUUUGUUUCAU